GGGAGAGUCCGGCUCCCGAGCGCCCGUGUCCCCCGUCCCGAGUUGUCGCCCGGUGCCCUCCACUAUCGCGAGUCCCGAUCCCGACUCCCCCGCGCGCCAAAUUCCCACACACCAAGCAUAGUGACGGUCGCCCCUCCCCGUCCGGACACAACAAACGAUAACCCCCCGGGAUGGCUUCCUCCGCCAAUGCGCUCCGGCUCGGUCUCCGGACAUGCAGUCGCCAAACACAAACAUCCAGUCUCCGCAUCGCCACCAUCCAGCGCCGGGCCCUCUCCGCCACCGCGACACGAUGUGAAGGCGUCCCCGUACCAAAGAGGGAAGAUGACGCCAAGCUCGAGUUCACCCGCCCCUACAACCCCGGCGAGUUCCUGUCCGAAAAGCUCAGGUCGGACGAUCUUCAGGACUGGGAGCGCGAGCGCUACGAGCGCGCCCUCACCUCGUGGGAGCAGACGCCCGCCGACCUCAAGAGGGGGUGGUCGACCAUGAUCAGAGACAUCGAGCAGGCGGCGGCGCCGCUAAGGAGGGUGGUCAUGCCCAAGAGAUCCACCUUCUGGUACGAGGAGGAGAAGGACACGGAUAUCAUCACCAACGAGGACGGCGAGGACGACUUCCACGAGAACGACAUUAUGAGUCUGGGUCACGGCAAGCUGGAGGAGCACCGCGAGUUCCGCGAGUACGCGCGCAUCGCCGUCUGGGAGAUGCCGCUGCUGUCCAAGUACGCCAAGCCGUUCGUGCCGCCGACGAGCGAGGAGGCCCUGCGCUUCCGCUACACCACCUACAUGGGCGAGUUCCACCCUGCCGACAGGAAGGUCGUGGUCGAGUUCUGCCCCAAGGAUCUCCGAGAUCUCACUGAGGUCCAGCAGCGCAAGCUUAUGAAGCUGGCCGGACCCCGGUACAACCCCGAGAAGGAUAUUAUCAAGAUGAGCUGCGAGAAGUUCGAGCACCAGGCUCAGAACAAGCGCUAUCUCGGCGAUUUGAUUGAGAAGAUGAUUGCUGCUGCCAAGGAUCCUAAAGAUACCUUUGAGGACAUUCCUCUCGAUACCCGUCAUCACACGUUCUCCAAGAAGAUCUCUUUCCCCAAGGAGUGGCUCCUCACCGAGGAGCGCAAGAAGGAGCUUGAAGCCGCCAGGCAUCAGGCCCUCUUGAAGGAUGCUGAGAAGGUUGUCCAAGGCGCCUUGGUGGAUGGCGCUGAUAUUGUUAAGCAGUACCUGGAAUCUGGCGCUGCUGAGGCUCUGCACGCCGUGCCUGUCAUGGCGGGCCGCGGCGGCAAGGCUCUUCCCGGAGGCAAGGGUGGAAAGAUGCAGCGCGCCAAGAGGUGAGGGCGAUGAUGAAGCAAGGAGGGGCAAGUGUGUGCUGAAAGAAAGAAACAAGCGAAAGGAGGGGGCGAAGCCAGGGAGGGCUGGGCUGGGAAAAGAAAAGGCAACCAGUUUAUAACAUGACUGUUGCUGGCUUCGCUCCCGCAA